ACUGGUUAGGAUAAUGUUGAGCCCUCAGUCACCAUACAGUGGUUUGCCAAGUAUUGGAGAAUAGUUGGGUUAAGACACGGGCUUUGGAAGGUUUCUUGAGGGCUCCGAGAGGAUGAAGGGUUACUCAGCGUUUUCUGCAGACUUCGCGGGCCCAGUUGCUGCUUCUCAUUUUACCCAGGCUUCCUCCUACCCGGCGGGCCUCGGGAUUCAACAGCCCGAUUUCUUAAUCCCGCAAAGAAGCCAGGCCGGGUACACCGCAGAAGGAUGUUAUUAUCAAGUCAGAUGCACCUGACAUCCUGUUAUUGGAGAAGCAUGCAGACUAUAUCGCAUCGUAUGGCUCAAAGAAAGACGAUUAUGAAUACUGUAUGUCUGAGUAUUUGAGAAUGAGUGGCAUCUAUUGGGGUCUGACCGUAAUGGAUCUCAUGGGACAACUACAUCGCAUGAACAGAGAAGAAAUUCUGACGUUUAUUAAGUCAUGUCAACAUGAGUGUGGUGGAAUAAGUGCUAGUAUCGGACAUGAUCCUCAUCUUUUGUACACUCUUAGUGCUGUUCAGAUUCUUACUCUGUAUGAUAGUAUUAACGUUAUUGAUGUAAAUAAAGUUGUGGAAUAUGUUCAGAGUCUACAGAAAGAAGAUGGUUCUUUUGCUGGAGAUACUUGGGGAGAAAUUGACACAAGAUUCUCUUUUUGUGCAGUGGCAACUUUGGCUCUCUUGGGGAAACUGGAUGCUAUUAAUGUGGAAAAGGCAAUCGAGUUUGUUUUAUCAUGUAUGAACUUUGAUGGUGGAUUUGGUUGCAGGCCAGGUUCUGAAUCCCAUGCUGGGCAGAUCUAUUGUUGCACAGGAUUCCUGGCUAUUACCAGUCAGUUGCAUCAAGUAAAUUCUGAUUUACUCGGUUGGUGGCUUUGUGAACGACAGUUACCGUCAGGUGGACUGAAUGGAAGACCAGAAAAGUUACCGGAUGUAUGCUAUUCAUGGUGGGUCUUGGCUUCCCUAAAGAUAAUUGGAAGGCUUCAUUGGAUUGAUAGAGAGAAACUGCGGAGUUUCAUCUUAGCAUGUCAAGAUGAAGAAACAGGAGGAUUUGCAGACAGGCCAGGAGAUAUGGUAGAUCCUUUUCACACUUUGUUUGGAAUUGCUGGAUUGUCACUUUUGGGAGAAGAACAGAUUAAACCUGUUAGUCCUGUUUUCUGUAUGCCUGAAGAAGUACUCCGGAGAAUGAAUGUUCAGCCUGAACUCGUGAGCUAGAUUCAUUGAGGCAAAAGUUGCUUAGUAUAGUUUUUGCCAUCUUAACAUUUCUGUAUUUGAAGUGCUUAUUAAACUUAAAAAUGACUAUUAUGUUAAUAUUUUGUAUGAAUUGUGUUAAUUUUAAUAAAUUAUGUAGUUAUUAUACAUAUUGUAAAAUACAGACCUUUAUUGUAUCUUCAACUUUAGAUUUCCUCCUGGAAUGCUAUCAUUCUGAGUACAGUAUUUUAUGCAUCAAUGUAUUUGUUAUUUGUAUGUCUCUGUAACAGCAAACUUUGUUAGCUGAAGAAGUUUUCUGUUCUGCUUGACUUUUCUCAUGUGCUCCCUUUAUAUGUUUUGUAACGAUAGUUAAUGUAAAUUGGUCUGUCAGUGAGAAUGUUAACUGAGAAAAAUUGAUAAAUCCCAUAUAUGAAUUAAAAGAUGCACAAAAAUAA